AUAUAGCAGUCAUCAAUGUGGACAAUUGCCUGAAGGAGGAUCACCUUGAAGAAGCGCUUAAUUGGAUUUUAGACACAGAUGAGCUGGAGAUGAAGAUUGCGUAUGCUCGUGUCAUGGUCGCUCUACAAGAUUUUACGGGCGCGAGAGAAGCAUUGGCGGUUUUGAAGCAACACCCGGAUUACGAUUCGAGCGUGCAUUUACCUAUUAUUGCCGAGAUAGAAGUGAAGAUGUUGAUUGAUACCAAAUGCUUUGAGCUUGCUCAGCACAUAUGUGAAGCGUUUGGGAAUAGGAAAAUGUGCAUCUAUGCGAAUAGCAAAGACGAGUUGGUAUCAUUCAUUGAAUAUUUCAGAGAUAGCAAGAAAGCUUACAGGCAUUGGAUUAUGAAAAAGAUGCCUUAUUUUAGGCUUGAUUAUAUCAAGGGAUGUUUUAUGAGUGUGCCCUAUUUUCAACUGUACAGAUGUUUCGAGCGAUUUCGGGUGCAGAUGCUAGCUACGUAUGAAGAGAUAUCGAUAUCUUGGAGGUUUCGAGGCUCGCUGUGGGUGAAGGAUUAUUUGAGUCGUCACGAUGCGGCGGAGAGGGAGAAAGCUCGUCACGCAGAGUUAGUAGAAAGGUACUGGAGAGAGCAAGUGCCGGACAAGGUGUCAUCGGGUGAUGGUUUUUGCUUGAUUAAGGAUUUACCGACUGAAAUUCUGGACAGAGUGACGAGCAGUCUUCCGGAGAACUUCGAUCCGCAAUACAAAAAAUUCAAGUUGCAUUUCGUUUCGCUUGGAGCGACUUGCAAACAAAUGAGGUUUAAAGUGUUGGAGAGCGUAAAUUUUUGGAGAGAGAGGUGCAAACAAGUAUGGAGGACAAAUGCUUGUCCCUACUUAGAGUCUUUCCCGAUGGAAUGGAGGCGCAUUUAUAUGUUCAACAUGUCUAUGUUAAUGCGUUUGAAGUCUAUAGAUUAUUCGAGUCAGAGGCCCCCAAGGGAGAUGUCGAAGUACAUAGAAUGGUUGUCGAACAUGGUUACGAUGAAUGAGAGUUUACCGUCGUUGGAGAGGUUGCUAGGAUACAACAAGGUGGGGGAGAUAGUUUUGAAAGCGAUGCGUAGAUGGAGGCUGACGUGCGGGGAAGAGUUGGCUUAUUUGCUAUUGGUGUUGGUUUUAGGAGAUGAAGGAUAUAGGCGUCGUUUGAGGCUGCAGCCGCUCAUUUACAUGUUGAGGAGCGUGGUGCAACAGGCGGAGAAUGUUUGUCCGAACGCGAUGGGUCUUAUAGCGUUACUGACACUAUUGAGGGAGAGGAAGUUUGAGUUGAACGAGGGGGAACAGAUGAGCCGUCUGAGUGGCCCCGUGGAGGAUUGGGUUGGAUGGAUCGUUCAUGACAAUAUAACAUGUAGGGGUGAGGUAGAUAGAAUAUGGGUGAAGAUGAAUUGGGGGAAGAGGAUAGAUGAAGAGCCGAUAGAAAUUUCCGCCCAGAUUUCAACUUUGGGCGAGGUACAGUGUUACAACGUGGAUUUUGUGAGUUGGGAGUUGCUUGGAUUUACGAUGGGGAUGAGAGAGAGACGUUGGUCUGAGUCAGAGGUCGAGAUGAGGGUGAGCUUGCGUUGGCUGCCUUGGGGAUAUGCGGGUACAUUACAUGGCACAGAAUCUAUUAUUCGAGGGGGAGUGCUUCUUUUUCCUCCGAAUGAGAGGUUGUCAUUUGGUCCUUUUUUUCCGUCGGUUCCCACGAACCGAACGAGGAUGCCUCACGAAUUAGAAUGGAGAACGCGGUUAGACAGAAGUGUGUACUGCAUCGAGAAGAUCUGGAAUAUUGAUGAGACGCAGAUGACGAUUGAAAACCUCAUUUUAGUGGAGGAGUUGGCCCGUUUGAGAGACGGCAAUAACGAGGUGGCGGUUUCGGAGGAGCAAAUAGACUCACUGACAAAGGACAUGCCUACAAAUGAUAGAGAGGAUCCUAAGGUGCUCAGAGCCAGAAAAGAGGCAUAUACCAAGGUUUAUACAUUUAAUGUGGUGGGGACAAGGCAGAAUAUCUUGAAGCAGCAAGAGGAGUCGUUUAUUGAGGACAUGAAAAAGAUAUUAAGUAAAAGAGGUCAGCAAGACCUGGAGGCGGCAAGCUUAGUUUGUAAGUGGUCUAGCACGUUAUACAUUGUCGAUCCGCAUUCUCCUUAUGCGGAUGAGGUUGAUAAAUUGUUGGUGUAUUUUAGGCAGUUGUCGUCUCAGACAAUUGCCGGACUUUGAGCGAAUAUUUUGUAAUCGCAGUAAGGGCAUCGACCCCAGAGGACGUUGUUGGUGGUUCUAUGAGAAUGGAGGCUACUGAGCCAAUUGAAUAGGCAGCUGGAAUGAUAUGGUCUUGAACAGAGCGGAUUAUCGCAGACGCGGUCUGGAAUAUGGCCGUCCAACUUGAAUGCGUAACACAUGGCACAUGCGGCUUGAAGAUCUUCUUUUUCUGUACCCUGAAAUUUCGGAAAUUGAAUUUCCAGUAGGUUUUGUAGAUUUUCGCGGACAGACUUUUUGUAAUCCCAUUCUUGAAUUUUUGCGUCGAGUUUAUUUUGUAGUGGCCGUAUAGAAGCGUCCGCACCCAUAAAUGUGCAUAUGGGAACGCUAGUGGGAUUAAUCGUGUUUAGCUCUAUACGAAUAGAGACGUAUUUUUCUAUUAUGAUUCGUCUAAAUAUGUCCGCUCUGGUUGGUCGUUCAGGUUCGAUGACACAAGUGUUUGAGUCCAAAUCGUCUAGAAUAUCCCACAAUUGUUGGAAGUGGGUUAGAUGUCGUCUGAACUCAUCCACCAAGUCUCCCAGAGUUGAUUGAUUGGGUAUCCAUUUGGGCACUAUGCUGUCGGGCACGGCGAUGCUGCAACAUGGGGCAGUGUAUGGAUAAUUGUCGUCGAGGUUGAUGUCGAGCAAGUGUUGCCUCUGUUUGGAAUCGAUCAGGCAGAUUUGCACUGCGCUCAGGUCGCUAUUGAUAGAAGUUACGGAUUUCCAUCCGAUUUGGCUGCCCCCUAAUUCGCCCAACAGUCUUGAGUAAUAGUUUGCUGAGGGCACUUGAGAAGACACAAAGUCUGGCUGGAGUUUGGACCGAGGCAGAAUUUGCUCGAUUAUGUGUCGGAGUUCGACUAAAAACUGACACAACGUUUCGGAUUGAAGUAAUCUCUCAUGAAUAACGUCUUCCGAUCCCGCUAGAAGCGAGGAGAGAGCGCGACAACAGAACAUUUCAGCUUGGUGAAGGCACUUCGUGGGAUCCCCAUCAUCUUCUGGCGCGGGCGGUAGCCUGAUCCUCAGUUGGAAACACUCGCCCUGGUGACAUGGACAAAACGUGGGUAAGAAUGUUGCGGAAAGAUAUCGGCUACCGAACUUGUUGGCGGCGGUUUUGGCAUUUGUGUGUAUCAAGAGGUAAAAGAAUUUAAAAAAAAAAUAUUUGCGCCUCUUUCUAUCUUAAAGAGGCACUUCUUUGACUUUAUGGCAAAUCUGAGCAGUCAAUCCGUGUUUCGCUUGUUCAGAGUGAUAGGAUUGUUUUGCGACGAUGUGCCAUUUGAUCUUCAGAAUCGAGGGAACAAAUAUUAUUUGGCAUCUGCAUUACAUGAUACUUUCCAGGUUUAUGAUUGUGACAAGCUGAACGUUGUUCAAGUUGGCGGCAAGCACGAGUCGGACAUUUGCGCGAUUCUCGCAUACAAGAGUCUAGUUUAUACGGCAGCUGGUUGUGAGAUAUACAAAUGGAAGAGGGCUAAACUUGUGUGUAAGCUACCUACGCAUCACCACACGCCUGUUUCUAGCUUACUGCUUUUCGGGGAUCAUUUGGUGUCUGCGUCUAGCCAGGAUAAUUUGGUGAAUAUAUGGUCUCUUCGAUCAGAUGAGCUGUUCGAUUCUUUUCGACUGGAAAGUUGUUCUGGCAUUACGACGGUGAUGCAUCCGUCGGCUUAUUUGAACAAGGUUUUAUUUGGGACUCGAGCUGGUUCUCUCCAACUUUGGAACGUGAAAAAUAAAAAAUGCGUACACGUUUUUCAAGGGUGGGGCAGCGAAAUUAGGUGUGUAUGCCAAUCUCCCGUGGUUGAUGUCGUAGCUAUUGGUCUGCAAGAUGGGCGCAUCAUACUGCACAAUUUGUUGCUUGACAAGACCCUGUUUAGCUUCAAGCAAGUGCCGGGGCCAGCAUCGACGCUGACCUUUCGCACAGAUGGAAAAUUCAAUUGUCUCGUGAGCGGCGGCGGAGAUGGUUCUUUGGCCGUUUGGGACUUGGAUAGGCGAUCUCUGUCUACGCAAAUGCAUCGCGCACACGAGGGAGUGGUCGUGAGAGCUCAGUUUUUCAAAAAGGAGCCGAUCAUGGUGACGUCCGGGACAGACAACACAAUAAAAGUUUGGAUUUUCGAUCAAGUCGGAGACACGGCGCGAGUCUUGAGGCAUCGGUCUGGUCACAGCUUACCGCCUACCCGGGUUGAUUUUUUCAACUCUAGCACCUCGUUGUUGUCCGGAUCGAUGGACAAGAGUUUCCGGUACUUUUCCACUGUCAGAGAUCAGCGUUCGAGGGAAUUCAGUCAGGGUCAUUUGGAGGCAACGGUCAACAAGAAAAAAGACAUUCGGUCGGUUUCAAGUUUGAAGUUUUCUCCAGUUACCAGCUUUUGCUUUUGCUUGUCUAAGAAGCGUCAGUGGGACAGUAUUGUGAGUUGUCACAGAGGCCUGACUUACGCCGUGACUUGGAACCGAGAAAAUUACGCCGUUGGAAAGCAUUUGCUCCGCAACACAGAGGAAAUUCCUAGAACCGUUACGGCCGUGUGUAUGUCCUCUUGUGGGAAUUAUGCCGUGAUUGGGUCUGAAUCUGGCUUUAUCGAAAAGUACAACAUUCAAUCUGGCAUUCACAGAGGAAGCUAUCCGCAGAGCGGCCAGUCAGAGGGGCGACACGCCAAGAUGAUUACGGGGUUGGUCGUCGAUAUUUUGAAUCAGCAUUUGGUCUCUUCGUCCGUGGACUGCGAGCUGAAAUUUUGGGAUUUCGAAAAUUAUUCUCUAGUGUUUUCUGUCAAAUUUGACUGUCCUGUGACAGGUCUUCGGCUCUGCGCGGAGUCUUUCCUUUUGGCCGUCGGUUGCGACGACUUCUCGAUUCUGAUAUAUGACAUAGACACGAAGGCUUGCGUUCGUCGAUUUGACGGCCACUCAGCGCCUAUUACUGACUUGGCGUUUUCCAGAGAUGCCAGGUGGUUGGUGAGUUCUUCGUCGGAUUCGACGAUUAGAGUUUGGGACCUCCCGACCGGACAGUGCGUCAACUGGCUCAGAACCAAGUCUCCCGUCUCGUCCCUCUCUCUCUCUCCGAGAGGAGAUUUCUUGGCCACCUCACACUCUGACUCUCGCGGCAUUUGGCUGUGGGCCAACAAAAAUUACUUUUCAGAAAUGUUUCUGCAGCCGGUGACCGGCUCUAGACCGAUCCGCAUAGAAGUCCCUCGAGCCGAGGUCUCCAUGGCGGAGGUGCUUGAUGACGCCCUCGACGUGGUGCUAGGCGAAGUGGGCGCCGAUUCGACGAACAUGCAAAUUGACGAAGACGAAUCAAAUGGCAAUCUCGACGAAAACGAAUCAAGUGAAAGUCUUUUUAAAGGACUCAUUCAGUAUUCGUCCCACAAAAGCAGCAAGUGGAAAACUCUUGUCAAUUUGGAUCUGAUAACCGAGAGAAACAAGCUCAAAACCGUUCCGGAGCCGCCAAAAUCUGCGCCAUUUUUGCUUCCGACUCUUCCUGGGCUAAAAGCAAAGUUCGUGGAAGAACCCUCUCAAGAACAACCAAAACCUUCUGACCAUCGCGGCGCCAAUUUUCAGUUCGAUAAAUUCAACUUCCAAAAUUUGUCAACUCCGUUUGUCUCCCUGCUCAAGAAAUGCCUUCUGCUGGAGCCUCGUUCCGGCACCUCCCCUUUCCUCGAUGCCACCGAAAUGAUCGCGUCUAUGACUCCAAGUGCUAUAGACUUUGAAAUCAGAUCUCUCCGUACAGACAACCAAUUCUCAGAUUUCAAGGCCGUGCUCGCGUUUAUUUUGGACCAGCUUGAAUGCGGAAAAAAUUACGAAAUCACUCAGUCUCUGCUCAACGUCUUUCUCAAGCACCACACGUCCACCUUGGCAGAAGCCACCCUGGUGGAUCCCAGCAUUGAAAAAGUCCUGUCCACAAUUCAAAUCACUCAUCGACGCGAAUGGGAUAAACUUCAGUCUCUGUUCCAUUCAAAUUUAUGUCUCAUCGCCCUUUUCUCUAAUAUACAGCUCUGAUGGAUUACAUGUUAUUCCGCGCCUCAACCUCCACCGCUCCCUUUUUUUAAUUUUUUAAACUCCUCGGGAGUCCUCCCCAGCCGACUCGGGACUUCAGACACCUUGCCAUCCGACGCGCGACCGGCUCUCUAUCCCGGAACGCGCCCUUUCGUCGACAAUGCGUCAAGUUGCAUCUCUCGAAUUCGUUUUUUUUAAAGUGUAGCUGUAAAAAAAAAAUUUCAGAACAAACUCCGGUUGAGUGAGAAGACCUUCAGGGCGUCCGCUUUUGCAUUCUCGCGGCCGGAGGACAUAGCAUGCGAUUUCUCUCUUCCGUGGUUGGCACCCGUUCACUGCAUUCCAACGCGCACCCGGCGCUUCUUCGCUCUCACAAACGCAACGAACGCAACGAACGCAACACUCUUGUUACGCAGAGGAGUUCUAGGGCUUCAUGUGGUGCUACCAGGCUUGUUCAGAUGUCCGAGGCUCCCGGUGACUAUAAGGCAGCCGGCUUGCUCUGCUACCUUCGUCGUCCCGCUGAAAAUUCAACUAGAAUUCAAUUACUUCUAGGCACAGAAAAAAAAAGAGGGUGGUGCAUAUUCGGUGGAAAGGCAGAGCCCUAUGACCGAAGCGCACGAGACACGGCGCUCAGAGAGUUCCUGGAAGAGACGGCCGGCGUGCUCCGGCCAGAACAUGUCAAAGACCUGAGAGCCAAAAUUUUUGACCCCGCGACGCGCGCGUUCUAUUUUCAAUCCGGCCGCUUCGUCGUCUUGAUUGUCGAACUGGACCCCUCUCUGUCGGCAUUGCCCGCUAUGUACAAGCGACAUCUGGACGAACUCUUCAACAAAUCCUGCUUCCAAGUAUCUAAAGAAACACAAAAAGCCAUCAACGAACACUUGGCGCGUAUCCCUCCUAUCCCUCCUACAACGCCUCAGGAGAGUGAUUCCGACGCGGACCUGGCCUCGGAGUUAAGUCUCCUUUCAGUCGACGUAGGGUCUCCUGAAUACCAAUAUUUCCAAUGGAGAAAGAAAAUUAGAACUGAAAAAGGAAAACAACAGUUGCUGAAAAACUACAUUUCCGACAUGAAGGCCGUCUAUUCUCAUUUUCCCCGACUUUUCGACGCGGAUUUCUUGCGAGGCCAAAUGGAGGCGGUUACGUUCAUCCUCAACGACAAAAUACCGGAAACUGCUUGUCCGGAGUCGGUCAAGCUCGAUCUAUUGUGGUUCGACUUAGAGGAUCUUGACACUCGAAACUCCAAAAAUUUGGUUGAACGUGGCAUCGAUCGGUUCUUGAUAGAGCUGCUAAAGGCUGGGCUCUACGACAAGCUCUGUCUCCUGGGUAACCGCGACGAAGCUCUUGGCCCCUCCUCCUUGCAAUAAAUUGACACCCAGCACCCGCUCCAAACUCCUCUUCGAAACCCGGCAAAAUCCUCUCCACCGCGAGCGACUGGCGCGUGCGGACGGUCCGAUCGGUCACAUGGCGCCCCUCGAGCGGGACUCCACUCGUGUGCUCAUCCGCGAGAAAAAAAGAGUCGCGUCAAGAGCGUGCGACUUCUGCGUUAC